UUAACUGUGAAGCCAAACAUUGCAACCCCCCCAACAAAAAAAAAUUGUGAAGGUGAAUUUGUGAAACGUGUGGGACUCUUCCCCAGCAAACCAAGCGAGCCGUGUUCGUCUUGGCAUAGCUCUGAAUUUUCUUCCAGGCGGUGAUGUAUCCUCAUUCCUGCCUCGGGAUGAAUACACGCUGGAAUAGAGAUUUUGCUUUCCAAUUUCUGACACAAGAAUCAGAUGAUUUUAGAGCCCACCAGCACUUUAAGCUUAGGACCAGAGGGUAUUCUGACCUCAGACUGACCUGCAUGUUUUUCCCCUUCUUCCGGUAGCUCCCCCACCCCAUCCUGGAUCAUGACGUGGGGAGAUGACCCUGGCUCUGGCUGGGCACUAACUGUGCCCCAUGCCGCCUUCUGUGAAGCACUUGGCACACACUGAGCACGCUGAGUUUCCGAUUUCUGACAUCCGGCCUUUGGAAGGCACUGCUUGGCACACAACAAGCGUGUGGCCUGGCAGCUGUCCUGGCAUCAUGGCUCUUGGGCUCCUGUGGCUGGGCCUCAUCCUGCUGGGGGCCCUACACACCCAGGCCCAAGAACUCACCAGGAACCCUACCCCAUCUUCACGCCUGAUCCCUGUCCCGUCUCUACACAAGAUCCAAGUGCAGAAGAACUUCCAGAGUGACCAGUUCCAGGGCAAGUGGUACGUUGUAGGCCUGGCGGGCAAUAAUAUCCACAACGGUGACCAAGAAUAUCAGCAGAUGUAUAGCACCACCUACGAACUGAAGGAGGACGGCAGCUACAACGUCACCUCCACCCUGCUCAGGAACCAGCAGUGUGACCACUGGGUCAGAACUUUCGUCCCAGGUUCCAAGCCUGGCCACUUCAACUUGGGCAACAUUAAGAGUUACCCUACCCUUAAGAGCUAUUUGGUACGUGUGGUGAACACAGACUACAAUCAAUCUGCCAUCGUGUUCUUCCGAAAGGUGCACAAAAAUAAGAAGAAGUUCUUCAAGAUUGUCCUCUACGGGAGGACCAAGGAGCUGAGCCCUGAACACAGGGGGCGUUUCAGCAGCUUCGCCAAGUCCCUGGGCCUCACCGACAACCACAUUGUCUUCCCUGCCCCCAUCGGCCAGUGCAUUGAUGAUUGAGUCGGCAGUGCUUGCGAUGCUCUGCCUCACCUCCAUGCCAUUGGCCUCUACAUGAGGGUGAUUGCUCCCUUCCCUCCCUGCCAUCCCAGCAAGGAGAGAGAGGCCAGGAGCCCCUUCCACAUACAGCUGCUGCCCACGCCGCCCUGCUAAUGGAACCCACCCCACCCUCACCUGUCUGCUAAAUAAACACAUGCUCCCA